CAUGCUAUCCAGCCCGACAAAAAAAGCUAUCAUCCAUCUAUCUCAUCAUCCCUCAGUCAUACGUCUAAGAUCUCACGACUGACUUCCCUGAGAGCCGAAACAGACCAUCAACUCAACCACCAACAAGCCCAGAAUGCCCAACCUCAACCCCAACCGACCGACCAAGUACUCUGCCAUUCAAAUGACCAGCACCGGCCUACGCACCGCCACCACCGCACCAACCGCUCCCCAACGCCCACGUCCUCCGCCCUGCCGCAGAUGCAACGCCAUCACAUCCCAGUACAUUGUCUCCGAGAACAACGAGAAUGGCAACGCUGGACGACCUUACUACCGCUGCCACCACUGUGGCACCUUUGCGUGCUUCGCGGAUCUGCGAGGGGUGCACCCCGACAACCCCGCGUGUGAUUGUGAGGGCCAGCUGCCCUGUCGUCUGCAGGUCGCCAGCCAGAAUGACCGCCGGUGCUUUCCCGGCGCCUUGUUCUACACUUGUGCGGUGGGGGGAUGCAAUUAUUUCCAGCGGCUAGAGGACGAGAACGGGGAGGCUGUGGUGAUCUUCGAGGAGUCGAUCCCAGCGGGGCUGCAGGGGGCGAGGUAUAUGGAAGCACGGGGGUUGUGAAGGGGUGAUUCAUUCAGUAAGAAGGGUCGGAGAUGAGGGUGCUGGGUCUAUUCUUCCUAUGUCUGUUGUCUAUCUUUACUUAAGGUCAGAUUGGCUUUGUUCUUACCCUUGCUGGUUUCCAACUAAGUGUGAAUUUGAU